UAAUUCCACGUCACUCUCAGCAACUCCAACAUAUUUUAUUUCAUCAGUUUGAUAUUUUCGCGCGUGCGUUUGCCAUUGAUGCAUUUUUGUGUGAAAAAAAAAUAAAAAUCUAUUAUUUGUUCUAAUAAAUCUUGUGGACUAACCUCAAAAUUAACCGACAAAUAAAAGUAAAAAAAAAAAAGAGUCAUAAAAGCGUCAGUUUCUGUUAAUCGAGCGACUAAAAAUUUGAUAAUAAUUUUAUCAGUCAACUCUUUAUUGAUAUCAAUAUUAUUAUAAAAAAAUGUCAGCGAAAGCAAUUCGCGAGGCUACAGGAAAAGACCUGAUUAACAGGAAACUUGGUAACCGUACAAAAGCAGCAAAAUGUCGUUUUGUUCCAAUUGAUGAAAAUACCAAUUGGAAUACAAUUGUCGAUGAUAAUCCAUGGUUAAAAAAUGAAAAAUUAGUUGUUAAACCAGAUCAGCUAAUUAAAAGACGUGGUAAGCUUGGUUUAAUCAAAGUUAAUACUGAUUUACCAACAGCUAAAAAAUGGAUUGAAGAAAGAAUAAAUAAAGAUCAAAAAGUUGAAAAAGCAACUGGAAAAUUAAGAACAUUUAUCAUUGAACCAUUUAUUCCUCAUAAAGAUGAAGAAGAAGCUUAUGUCUGUAUUUAUUCUCAUCGUAAAGCAGACACAAUACUUUUUCAUCAUCAGGGUGGUGUUGAUAUUGGUGAUGUUGAUGCAAAAGCAUUAAAACUUGAAAUACCAGUUUGUCAAGAAGCACCAAAAGUAUCAAUGAUCAUUGAAAAAUUAUUGACUAAUGUACCAGAAAAAAAGAAAUUAGUUAUUGCUGAAUUUAUUGAAGAUCUUUACAAGUUAUAUGUUAAUUUAUAUUUUACAUAUUUGGAAAUAAAUCCACUUGUUGUUACUGAUGAAUCAAUAUAUAUACUUGACUUGGCAGCAAAAUUAGAUACAACUGCUGAUUUUAUAUGUCGUCCAGAAUGGGGUGAAAUUGAUUAUCCACCACCAUUUGGACGUGAUGCAUAUCCAGAAGAAGCAUAUAUUGCUGAUCUUGAUGCAAAAUCUGGUGCAAGUUUAAAGCUAACAAUAUUAAAUCCAAAAGGUACAAUAUGGACAAUGGUUGCUGGUGGUGGUGCAUCUGUUAUUUAUUCUGAUACAAUUUGUGAUUUGGGUGGUGCAAGUGAACUUGCAAAUUAUGGUGAAUAUUCUGGUGCACCAAGUGAACAACAAACAUAUGAAUAUGCUAAAACAUUAUUAAGUUUAAUGACUAAAGAAAAACAUGAUAAUGGUAAAGUACUUAUUAUUGGUGGUGGUAUUGCUAAUUUUACAAAUGUUGCUGCAACAUUUAAAGGUAUUGUUAAAGCAUUACAAGAAUUUCAACCAAAACUUGUUGAGCAUAAUAUUAAAAUAUUUGUAAGACGUGCUGGUCCAAAUUAUCAAGAAGGUUUACGUAUUAUUCGUGAAGUUGGUCGUCGUUUGUGUAUACCAGUACAUGUAUUUGGUCCAGAAACACAUAUGACUGCAAUUUGUGCAAUGGCAAUGGGUAAAAAACCAAUACCAGAUCCAGAAGCACAAGAAUUUUCAACAGCAAACUUUUUAUUACCAUCAGGACAAGAUGUUGGUCCAAAAUCACCAACUGUUGAUGAACAAUCAACAGCAACAGCAACACCACCACCAUCAUCAUCAUCUAAAGUACCUAAAAUUAAAUCACAAUGUACAACUGAUUCUUCAACAGCAACAACAACACAACAAUUAUUUAGCAAUACUACACGUGCAAUAAUUUGGGGUAUGCAAACAAGAGCUGUACAAAGUAUGCUUGAUUUUGAUUUUGUUUGUAGAAGAUCAAUGCCAUCAGUUGCUGCUGUUGUAUAUCCAUUUGUUGGUGAUCAUAAACAAAAAUUUUAUUGGGGACAUAAAGAAAUAUUAAUACCAGUUUAUAAACAAAUGAAAGAUGCUAUGACAAAACAUAGUGAUGCUGAUGUUAUGGUUACAUUUGCAUCAUUAAGAUCAGCAUAUGAAAGUACUGUUGAAACAUUACAAUUUCCUCAAAUACGUACAAUUGCAAUAAUUGCUGAGGGUAUACCAGAAAAUAUGACACGUAAAUUAAUAUUAAUGGCAAAUGAAAAAAAUGUAACAAUAAUUGGUCCAGCAACAGUUGGUGGUGUUAAACCAGGUUGUUUUAAAAUUGGUAAUACUGGUGGUAUGAUGGAUAAUAUAUUACACAGUAAAUUAUAUCGUUCUGGUAGUGUUGCAUAUGUAUCAAGAUCUGGUGGUAUGUCAAAUGAAUUAAAUAAUAUUAUAUCAAAAGCAUCAAAUGGUGUUAUUGAAGGUGUUGCUAUUGGUGGUGAUAGAUAUCCAGGUACAACUUUCAUGGAUCAUAUAAUGCGUUAUCAAAAUAAUAAUAAUGCAAAAUUAAUUGUUUUACUUGGUGAAGUUGGUGGUGUUGAAGAGUAUGAAGUAUGUGAAGCAUUAAAAAAUGGUAAAAUAACAAAACCACUUGUUGCAUGGUGUAUUGGUACAUGUGCAAGUAUGUUUAAAUCAGAAGUACAAUUUGGUCAUGCUGGUUCAAUAGCACAUAGUAAUUUAGAAACAGCAUCAGCUAAAAAUUUAGCAUUAAAAAAUAGUGGUGCAUAUGUGCCAGAUAGUUUUGAUACAUUGGGUGAUUUAAUUGGUAAUGUUUAUCAGGGUCUUGUUAAUAAUGGUACAAUAAUACCAGAACCAGAAUUACCACCACCAACAGUACCAAUGGAUUAUUCAUGGGCACGUGAACUUGGUUUAAUACGUAAACCAGCAUCAUUUAUGACAUCAAUAUGUGAUGAACGUGGACAAGAAUUAUUAUAUGCUGGUAUGCCUGUUACUGAAGUUUUAAAACAAAAUGUUGGUAUUGGUGGUGUUGUAUCAUUGUUGUGGUUCCAAAGAUGUUUACCACCAACAUAUUGUAAAUUUUUAGAAAUGUCAUUAAUGCUUACUGCUGAUCAUGGUCCAGCAGUAUCUGGUGCACAUAAUACAAUUGUAUGUGCACGUGCUGGUAAAGAUUUAGUUAGUUCACUUGUAUCUGGUUUAUUGACAAUUGGUGAUAGAUUUGGUGGUGCACUUGAUGGUGCUGCUAAAAUGUUUUCAGAAGCAUAUGAUGCUGGUUUACAUCCACAAGAAUUUGUUAAUAAUACUAGAAAAAAGGGUAAACUUAUUAUGGGAAUUGGACAUCGUGUUAAAAGUAUUAAUAAUCCAGAUAUGAGAGUUAAACUUAUUAAAGAAUAUGUACUUGAACAUUUUCCAGCAAAACCACUUGUACAAUAUGCUCUUGAAGUUGAAAAAAUAACAACAAGUAAAAAACCAAAUCUUAUAUUAAAUGUUGAUGGUAUUAUUGCUUGUGCAUUUGUUGAUAUGUUGAGAAAUUCUGGUAGUUUUACAAGAGAAGAAGCUCAAGAAUAUAUUGAAAUUGGUGCCAUCAAUAGUUUGUUUGUUCUUGGAAGAAGUAUAGGAUUCAUUGGUCAUUACAUGGAUCAAAGAAGAUUGAAGCAAGGACUUUACCGACACCCAUGGGAUGACAUCUCAUAUGUUCUUCCAGAGCAAUAUAAUUAAUUUUUUUUUUUUUUUUUUU